CUCUGGCAGCGGGUGGGGCAGGCGAGGCCCCGGUGAGCUGCCGGGGACAAAGGACGGGGGACGGGUCCCAAGUGCGGGGGGGGGAAGGCGCCGGCACCUGUCCCGUCUGGCUGUGGGGAGCGGUCCCCUCGGAGGAGGGUAAGGCUGCUUUGAACGGGGAGACCUGGGAAGCGCCCGGCUGCGCUCCCCUGCCGGGGUGAGCGAGGGAGCCCUUUGCACCGCGGAGGGGAGGGCUCGGUGAGAGGUGCGUGGGAUGAACUGAGCCUGACACCUGCCCAGAGAAGAGACCCUGUCCCUGCAGAGCUGCCCACCAUGAGCCGGGUGCUGCUGGCAGGCAGGAUGCAGCCAGAGAGCCGCAGCGUCUGUGUGUUCCUGCCCACCCGCGAGCAGCUCAGCCUCAUCGUUGGGGUCAAAGCCACUGGACAGGAGCUCUUUCAGCAAGUUUGUGAUUUAGUGAAGAUUAAAGAGCCUCACUUCUUUGGCCUCAGCAUUGUUAAAAAUAAUGAAUAUGUUUUUAUAGACCUGGAGCAGAAGCUUAGCAAAUACUUCUCAAAAGAAUGGAAGAAAGAGACCACGAAAGGAACAGAAAAAUUCAGCCCUCCUUUUGUUGCGUUCUUUAGAGUACAAUACUACGUAGAAAAUGGAAGAGUAAUAAGUGAUAAGGUGGCACGGCAGCUCUACUACUGCCAUCUCAAAGAGCAAGUUCUGAUGUCUCGGUGCAACCACAAAGAAGAAAUCUACUUCUUGCUGGCAGCCUACAGCUUACAGGCAGACCUGGGCAACUACAGAGAGAAGGUCCACACUGGCAAAUAUUUUGAACCUCAGGCUUAUUUCCCACAAUGGAUAAUUGCAAAGAGGGGGAGCGACUACAUCUUGAAACAUGCCCCAGAGAUGCACCGAGAACAGCAAGGGCUGAGCCCUAAGGAAGCAGUGCUGAAGUUCAUUAAGGAGUCCUGCCUGCUGGAAGAUGUGCCUGUCCACUUCUACAGGCUGCAGAAGGAUAAGAAGGAGGAUCGCCCGACAGUUAUCCUGGGCCUGACCCUCAGAGGAAUGCACAUCUAUCAGGAGGUGAACCACGUCCGACAGCUCCUCUACGACUUUCCCUGGUCACACAUUGGGAAGCUGGCGUUUCUGGGGAAAAAAUUUGAGAUCCAGCCAGAUGGUUUGCCCUCUGCACGGAAACUGGUUUACUACACGGGUUGCCCCUUCAGGUCACGGCACUUGCUGCAGCUCCUCAGCAACAGCCACCGCCUCUUUCUCAAUAUCCAGCCGGUGCUGAAGCAAAUCCAAAAACUGGAGGAGGCUGAAGAGAAGAAGCGCUACCGGGAGUCCUAUAUCAGUGACACACUGGACAUGGACCUAGACCCGUGCGAUAAGAAUUCGCGUGGCAGCGGGAGCAGUGGGGGCAGCCGGAGGGACAACCGCCUCUCGCGCCAAUCCACGGGGAGUCACGGCAGCUCCCACACAUCAGGCAUCGAGGCUGACUCCAGGCACCGGGUGUCAGUGGAAAUGUCGGUGGAUGAGCCCUUCAGCAUCGACCGAGUGCACAGGAAAGAGAAAUCCUGCAGCUCAACCAUCAGCUACGGCAGCUCAGGCAUUGACAGUGGCAGCAAAGGGCGGGCUGAAGAUGAAUCUCAGGAUGAUGAGCUUGAGCUGGCAGUAGAUGAGCCAGAGGAGGUGCCUGUAGAUGAGCCUUUAGAGGGAGACCAGUUAGAGGAGGCCACUGUGGGAGAAUCUGUUGAAUCUCUUCCUCUAGAUGCUGCUAGCUGCCAAGCUAUAAAUCAGGAAUCGUUGUCUGUGGUGCAAGUCACGCUAAUAAAAAUGAGAGGCCAAAGUGUGGAAUCCCUUCACCAGGUCAGAUCACUCAAAAACAGGAGCUGCACAGACCAGCACAGCCAGAGUUUGGAUGACAUCCGCCUUUACAAGCAUCGGCACCCACCACUAAGUGCCACGCUGUCUUCAGACACGUCCCACAGCUACACAUUUGGCUGCAGCCUGGAGGAUAAGUUGUCUAUCUAUGGCUGCGUUUAUUCCACAGCAGACUGCAAAACCAAGUCUGCUCUUUAUGGGAAGCGAUCCAUGAACUGCCUCUCCUUGGAUCUUCUUGGAGAAGACCAGCUCCCAGAGGAAUUUGUGGUGUAAUGAGAUUGGAGCUCUUCCAAACCAGGAAACGGCUUGUCAUGGAAAUAUAUACCUCAUUAACACAUGUGAUGUCACUCUGGUUCUUGCAGGAGAUUGUGAGCAGCUUUGUUAUUCAGCUCCAUAAUCAGUAAGUGGCAUCACUUCUGCAGACCUGACUAAAGGGCAAAUCAACUGGAGUGUAGCACUUAAUGUUUGCAUUUGAAGUGUCUGUCUGAGCAGAAAAUAUAAGUGGCCUGCACCAUUAGCAGUCACAAAACCAACAUAAAAACCAAAAAACCCUGGACCAAAACUGGCACUGAGUUAGUAAAGCAAACACUGUGUCUUAAAUGGAUUUAUCAGAAAGAAAUUUAAAGUCUGUGUCAGUUUAUCUUCCUGCCUUUCUUUUGUGGUUCACUUAAGUUAACCAAACUAUCUGUACACUAGCAUUGUCUAGUUUGUGCUGCUACACCACUGCCAACAGCUGUCAGGCCAGGAUAUUCUCUGAGCACAUUUGAAGGGCC